AUGUUGCAAACAGUCUGCAUGAGUCCUGAAUUACUGGUCAAUCAAAACAUCAGUGAAAAUGAGAUCUGUGGCUACAGCCCGGGCCAGGGAUCUCCACUGCCUGGAGAAACUGCCAGUCCCAAAGGCUACUUUCAACAGAGCCCAUCGUUGCCAGACUCCGGAUUAACUGAAUUCAAUGUUGCAAGUCCCAAGAUCUACUCUCCUACUUCACGUAAACCCCAAGAGAUGCCUGCUCCCACCGACUCUGGACUUAGCUCUGAUCCCCCUCAGAAGCGCUACAUGGGUGUGAGAGUAAAGAUGCCAGUACGGGAAUUACUGAGAAAAAUUCGGCUUUCCAAAGGCCUGGACCCAGCUCAUAGCAAGGAAGCCUCAUUAAUGAAGAUGGUAACCAAAGGAUCCUCAGGAAAAACAGAAAAGAGAAGAGUUCACCCUUAUACAGAGAAACAGCUUAGACAGAGCAAGCAGAGCGUUGGGCAAACGCUAAAAGGCUUAGAAGACCUUGAUAUCCUGGUGGAGGUACUGCAGGAAGAUUUGAACAAAAGCCAGUUGAAGGAGGAGUCUCUGCAUUCUGUGCCAGAUGGCUUUUGGCAGGGCUUCUCCACAGAUCCACAAGCCUCCCGGUGGGAAACGGGAGGAAGCAAGCAGGCACCUGGUGGCCUGCAAGAAAGACGCCACAGCUUAACCAAGUUGCAUUCAUACUGCUGUUUUAGAGAUUUCAACUCCGUGUUGCAGGGAGAGAGAGAGACUUCUUUUCAUGAUGAUCAGAAAAACACACAAGAGUCCAUCUUACCAGGAAUAUUCUCAAGGACAAGCGAGAAAGAGAGUAGCUGGUGGAUACAGGAUGCGUGGACAAGUACCCAGAAGGAUGUCCAAAGGCAUUCUUCACAGAACACAUCUCCACACUUCAGCCCAUCGGGAGGCUGUUCAGAGAUGCUUCUGGAAGCUAAUCUGGGCUCUCCAAACACUGACAGACAUUUGAAGUCGACCCCAAUUUCUUUCACGCAGCAGGAUCUUUCUGCCAUCUCUUUCUUUCAGUUCCAGCUACACAGGGAAGAAAGUUUACUGAGAAAUAUCCCAGCGGACAAACUACUUGCACCUGAUGAAAAUGGCAACAGGCUGCUGCACAAAGCUGUUGCCCAGGGAAGAAGAGCUCUGACUUACGCACUUGCACAGAGAUUCGCAUCCCUAAAUAAGAUCAAUGAGAAGGAUGUAGAGAAACGGACUGCAUUACAUAUCGCUGCAGAAAAGAACCAGCACCUGAUGGUGAGUGACCUGAUAUCCCUAGGAGCUAACGUCAAUGAACAGGAUGGUUUGGGGAAAACUCCACUCCACCUGUGUGCAGAGAAUGGCUAUUUGAGAGUUCUAGAGGUUUUGAAAAACUGCAAAAACAAUGGCGUGAGUGUGGAAGUGAAUCUGAUUGACCAUUACGGUUUAACACCACUACACUGCGCUGCUCUUGCUCACACUGCCUUAGUUAUGGAGUCUCAAAAAACUGACAUUGAUACUGACAUGGGAAGGUUUCUCCGACUACGCAAAGAUCAAAUUCUCGAGGGAAUUAACUGCUUAUUACAAAUGGGAGGAAAGCCCGAGUUGCAGGUACUAAAUUCACGUCAGACUACCACUACCUAUUUAAAAAUUGAGGAGAACACAGAACUCAUGCGUUUGCUUCAGACUCAUAAACCUAAGGGACAGAACAUUCUUCAAGAGAGUUACAGUUUGCCAGAUGCUUCAAGAAGAAUGCCCAGUCCAUCGUCACCAGAUAACUUUUCUGAACUUUUUUCCAUGUCACCUUCGGCCCCCUUUGACAUCAUCCUUAAAGGCUAUAAUCAUGCCUUUGAACUGUGGCCCAGGCCAUACUCACAGAAGCCGUCCUUCCUUCUUCACCUCACUUCUCGCCCUGUAUUACAAAAUGAGUGCCAUUCGCUGGCUUACACGGUUACCAAGGUUCCCUGCUGCUUUGAAGAUACAUGA